UUUUGAAAAUAACAGAAAGAAAAAAUGAAAUGAAUGAAAUUCAGAAAUUGAAAUUAUACGAUUUCUAGUGAAUAAUAAUUUGUAUUGAAUUACCCAUGUGAUUUAAUUUGUUCUUGUUUCUUGUAUUACUAUGAAUUUCGUUUGAUUUGUGCAACAUUAAUCAUUAUAAACUUCAAUUUGUAGUGUUACAUUACUUGGGUUUUGAGUGAUAACAAAAUUUACUGAAUUUACAAACUGCAAACUCCACUAGCCUUUCGUUUAACUCAGUUUGAAUAACUACAACACGAUGUCAUCGCAAAAUCAAGAAAUGGACCUGUCGGCGAAAAAGAUCAAACACAGUUUGGAAAAUUGGAGAGAAAUCGUGCUUCCAGUGUACGAAGUAUUAUUAUGGAAAAACAUACCACUUUAUCCAGCUUUAAUUUUUGGAAUCAGCACUAUCGCAUUCAUUAUUGUCAUAUUGUUGGAUCCGACGUUAUUAUCCUUCGCUUCUUCGUUGGCUUUGUUUUUGGUGCUGCUGGAUUAUUUUGCUCCUAUUGUUAUAUCGAAAAUCUUCAAUCCUCAAUCUUGGACGGGGCCUAAAGAAAAAAAACUUGAUGAGAUAUGUUCUAAUUUGGCGUGUUCUUAUAUCUCUGUAAAGUCGAGUGUUGCUUAUUUUUGCAGUUUGAAAGAAACCAAUCCUAAAUUGUAUUAUUUGCCUGUCAUCUUUGGACUACUAUUUCUGUCGUGGAUUGGAAAUAAUGUCAAUAAUGUGUUUCUUACUUAUGUUUUCGUGACCGUGUUGUUGAUGAUACCGGGCGCAAAUCAUCACGGUUACUUGGAGAAAUUCUCGUCGUUACUGAAACAAGUAGUUGCACAAACCUUACGAUCAGCAUUAGGUAAGAAAGAAAAGAAGCAGUAACAAUUUUAAUGCUUUUUAUUGAGAAUCUUUUCUUGUAUUUCACGUCAAGACGUAAUUUUAAUUAUCUACAAAUGUAUUUACGAAUUGUUUUCAUCUUUCUUACGCAUAUUAUAUUCAUAACGACAGUUAGUCAUUCGUAUUGUGUACUUGUGCCAGAAUCCUGUCUAUCAAAUUGAAAGUUGAUUUGAUAUUUAUCAUGUUGUACCUACGCUGUAAAACGUGUUGCGCGAUUCUCAUACGGUGCAUCGAGGUAUAUUUUGUAAUCAUAGAGGUUGAUAUUUGAACACUUGAAAUUUCGUCAUUUACCUAAAUUUCGUUGAUUCUUUUUUCCAAUAGGCAUUCUUAUUUUAUUCGUUCAUUUCAAUUAUUGCCACAAUGUGAAUUUUGAAAACAAACCCCGCUAGUUCAAAAUUUGUCCGAUUACUAAAUACGCGCAAAGAUAGAUUCGUUUUGAGCUUGUGCAAUUGUGCACCUAUUGUGUUGUGUGUUUUUUCCAGUAAUGUAUCAGCCCUCUUCUCUCACCGUCACAAAAUCACCUUCCAUCGUUAUAUUUUAAGAGAAUGUGUUCAGGGCUCAAGUUAAUAAUGUUACAUUUUUCAAGUGUUCGAGCAUUUCCUCUAAAUCUCAUUGAUGUUUGUAAAAGUAGAAAAAUUAGGCCUUAGGUUUAUUUAUGACGUGAUGAAAAGUUAAUCAUAAGUCAGAUACUGAGAAUGAAAAUUAAGCAAACGGUAUAAAAUUCAAACUGAUUUGUGAAUUGUAAAUAUAUAAAUAAUUCGAGAUGUAGUCGAAAAUAAUAGAAGAAAAUACUUGGUCAUUUCCUACUUAAUUUUUAUAAUUGUUGAAUUGCCUGUGUUGUGUUUUUUGUAAAACGUUAAUAUUAACGGUGAUUUUGGUUAUUGCUGGUGUCUUAUUUCAUGUCCAGUGAUUCAAGUCUCAUUUUCCAUUUGUAUAAUUUUUAGCUAGGUACGUAUUUGUUUAAUAAAUAGUAAUACCUAGGUUAAUAUUGUGUACUUUUCGCGGAUCAGUUUGUGUUUUACCGAUUCUUUUCAGUAAAUUUAAGAAAUGUUAUAUUUAAAAGUUUCAAAAAUACGUAGUACAAGUGUAAUAUUUUGAAGAUGUUUUUAUUAGUUGAAUCGAAGAAAAAUAAAAAACUUUAUUACUA